AUGCACACAACACCGCCCACAACGCCGCCCACGCCGCCAGCGCUGCCGCUGAACAUGAGCCAAGCGGCGACCACAACGGCAACCACAACGGCCACAACAGCAGCCGCAGCGGCGGCCGCGGCGGCGGUGGCGGCCACGACAACGCACAGUCCACCUGCCACGCCCACAGCGAUUAGUGCCGCUCUAGCGGCCACACAGGAUCAUUAUAGCCUGCGCUGGAACAACCAUCAGAAUCACAUAUUGCGCGCCUUCGACGCCCUGUUGCAGACCAAGACCCUGGUGGAUGUGACCCUCGUCUGCGCGGAGACCUCAAUACGGGCGCACAAAAUGGUUCUGUCCGCCUGCUCGCCGUUCUUCCAGCGCGUCUUCGCCGAGACGCCCUGCAAGCAUCCGGUGAUCGUGCUGAAGGACUUUCGCGGCUGGGUCGUUCAGGCCAUUGUGGACUUCAUGUACCGCGGCGAGAUCAGCGUGCCCCAGCAGCGCCUCCAGACGCUCAUCCAAGCGGGCGAGUCGCUGCAGGUGCGCGGCCUUGUCGAGAGCUCCGUGCCGGAGCACACGCCCACUCCGGCGGCCUCGCCCGACGACUUCAACAUGCUGGACGCCUCGUCGCUGCUGUCCUCCAGCUACGAGGACGAGUCGCCCUCGAUGGUCAGGCCAGCGUCUGGCAAGCUGAUCAUGCCCAGCCGGCUCUUUGGCAAUCCGGCUAGCGCCAUGGCGGCGCUCAGUCUGCGCCGCAAGCGGGAACAAGAGUGCGAUCGGGAGCCGGAGAGCGAUCAGGAGCUGGGCGGCAGUUCACCCAUGCCGCGACGCAAGCAGGCUCGUCCACGGCGACGCUCGGGCGAUGUUCCACACGACUUUGGGCUCAACAAGCCGGAGACUUCGGAGACGGCGGCGCUGCAAACUGUGAUCAAACAUGAGCUGCGGGAGGAGCAGGAGCCGGAACAGGAGCAGAGCGAAAAGCAGUCGGGCGGGCACAGGGAGCCGCAGCAGGAGCGCGCGUUACCCCUUAUCACGCCCGGCAGCAGCAAUCAGCAGGCAGAACAGGAGCUCGAUGAGGAAGAGGACGAGGAUCAGGAGCGGGAGCACGAGCACGAGCACGAGCAGGAGGAGCAUGAGCAUGAACACGAACACGAUCAAGUUCACGAACAUGAUCAAGAUCCAGAUGAGGACGAGGACGAGGAGCAGGACAUUGAAGAGCUUAUACAUACGACCAACGAGUUGCGGCGACAGGCGGCAGUGGCCGCCGCCAAUGCGGCUGCCAUGUCGCCCUGUCCCAGCGAUGGGCCCGAGGAUCUGUGCACCACCAAAAAGGACAAGCAGGAUACCAGCCACGCGCACUCCUCGGAUGGCGAGAGCAACAACAACAACAACAACAAUAACAGCAGCAAGCUGCAGGACAACAACCAACGCAUCAUGUUGUCCCUGAAGGACAUCAGACAGCUGAACGCCAAGCCCAGCGCCACAUCGACGCCCAGCCACACGCCGAACAGCAGCUGUGCGCCGGGCAACAAUGGGCUCAUGUCCUUCCCGCCGCCAGGUAUGCGUCCGCCCGGCCUGCCCGACAGCCCGCCCUGCCACAUGGAGGCGCUGGAAGCGCAAAUGCACGCCGCGGCCGCUGCCGCCGUAGCCGCAGCAGGCGCCGGCGAGAAUCCGUUUCAUCACAUGGAACACCAAAUGGAAAUGUCGCUGGCCGCGGCCGCCGCAGCGGCAGCCAUGCACCAGCGUGAGCCACGCGAUCUCCGAGAGAGUCGGGAGCAGGCGCUGCAGCGGGAACACAAUGCAUUCGCCAGUAAUCUGCUGGGGCCCAUGGGACUGCCGCCCUUCGGAGGACACAACGGAGCGCCGGGUCCGGGCUGUCCGGGUCAGGCCCCGCACGAGCGGCUCGAGGAGAGCAUGAAUCGGCUGAGCAAGGAGUUUGGCAAAGAGUUCAGCAAGGAGUUUGGCAAGGAGUUUGGCAAAGACUUUGGCAAAGACUUUUGCAAGGAGUUCGCACCCACCUCGCCCAUGAGCCUGCCUGGCCACUAUAAUCCACAGGACGGACAGCCGCAUCCGCCGUCGCCACUGCCCUUUCCCGGCAUGUCCUCGGCGUUAACGCUAACGCCGCCGCACAUGUUUGGCCUGGACUCGCCGCUUGGCCUAUUUCCGCCCGGCAUUGAUCCUGGAAAACUCUACAAUCCGCUAAUGGAAAUGAGCGAUCCACGCGAUAUGCCCGGCGGACCGCCGCCGUUUCUCAAAAAGAAAAUGCCACGCCCCAAGGGACAGCAUUCGGCGCCACGCGGCGGUCCGCCGCGCUCGUGGACCAACACGGAGCUAACGGAGGCACUGCAACACGUGUGGAACAAGAAGAUGACCACGUCGCAGGCCUCGCGCAUCUUUGGCAUACCCUACAACUCGCUCCUCAUGUACGUGCGCGGCAAGUAUGGCAAAAGUCUGAAGCUGGAGCAGCUGCGCAAGGACUGCAUCAGCGGGCCGCCUAUCGAGAUGCUGCAGAUGGGCAUCAGCGGCGGCGGCGGCUCCAAAAGCGAGAAGAAGGAGCGCAAGGAGAAGGACAAGGACAAGAAUGCCAAUGCCAAUUCGGGCUCCAAUAAUGGCUCCUCCGGUGGCAACGGCAAUGGCAAUGGUGGUGCUGGUGGUGGCGGUGGCGGUGGUGGUGGUGGUCCGCCGGCCAUGCCACAUCCCAGCGAUUUAGCUGGACUGGGUCCGCUCGACUUGGAGCUGGGCCUGCCGCUGGGUCCGCCCGCUGGUCCGCGCAGCGGCAGCUCCGAGCCAGAUAUGCUGGGCGGACCCAAUGCACUGUUCAAUCCCUUCAAUCCGCAAGGCUUCUAUCCGGACUUUGCCGGCGGCUUUCCGGGCCUGCCGCUCAGCAUGCUGAACCUGCUGCCGCCGGCGGAGCGCCACCAUGCGGCCGUGGCCAUGCACCAUCUGGGCGUCAGCAUGGACGAGGACUGCAAAUCGGUGGGCUCCAAGCAGUCCUCCUCGCUGGACGAUGACUUCGCCGCCGGCCUGCCGCUGGCCCUCGAGCAGCGCCGCCACAGCGAGCUGUCCAGCAAUGGGUCGACGCUGGCGCAGGCGAAUGGCGGGGCGCAGGAUUGAAAUAUGUGGCGGGAUUGGGCUGCCAACCCAAUGUUCUUCCCGCCCUACGAGCUGGAUGCGGCUGCAGCUGCGCACUCGCACUCGCACUCGUCCCCGCCCCCGCCCCCGCCGCCGCCGCCCCCGCACCACGGCUGUCGCGACUUUAACUUCAACCCGAGCCUGUUCAUGGCGCGCCGCAAGCUGAAGCGCUACCGGGCCAAGCGUGUUCACAUGCAGCUCCAUCCGCCGGGUGCGACAACAGCGGCAGGGGGAGCGGGGUCAGCGUCGCAGCCGCCCUCGGCACGCCCCGCGCUGCCGCCUCCGCUGCGCACAUAACUCUGGCCAAGCGAAAGCAUUUUCCGACUGUGAAAACCGAUUGCAAUAUGUUUGUAAAUGAUUUAAU